AUGGCGACGACACAACUCAUACUCACGGCCCUCUACGCAACUCUCGGCUUAGGCUUAGUAGCAGCAGCGCCCAGUAAUGGAGAACCGCAAUAUGCUUUACAACAAUCGGGGCCCGAUCCUCUAGAUAGGUCUGGUCCGGCUACGCCUAGGGCCAAGGGACUACGCGGGAGAUUUCUUCACAUCACAGACUUUCAUCCGGACGAGUACUACAAAGCGUACACGAACCCCGAAGUCGUCUGCCACCGGCGCAAGGGCACUGCCGGCCCCUAUGGCGCCGAGCUUUCGAGUUGCGAUUCCCCGAGGUCCCUAGUCAACGCCACACUGGACUGGGUAGCUGCGAACAUCAAAGACGAGGUCGAUUUCGUGAUAUGGACGGGCGAUUCGGCGCGCCACGACAGCGAUGAGGAGAUCUCGCGAACUUCGGCCGAGGUGCUACGGUCGAACCAAUUCGUGGCCAACAAGAUGUUUAGCACCUUUGCCGACGAAAAAUAUCCCCAGCGCCUCGCGAUCCCCAUCAUCCCCAAUAUCGGCAACAACGACUUUCUUCCCCAUAACGUGCUCAUGCCGGGCCCCAACCGCUGGCUCUCGCACUACGCAGACAUAUGGCGCCCCUUCAUCCCCGAAGAGCAACGUCACGCGUUCGAGUUUGGCGGCUGGUUCUCGGUCGAGGUCAUCCCCAAUCGCCUGGCCGUCUUCAGUCUCAACACCAUGUACUUCUUUGACCGAAACGCCGCCAUAGACAACUGCGUGGAUCCUGUCGAGCCCGGGUUCAAGCAGCUCGAAUGGCUGCGCAUCCAGCUCCAGCUCUUGCGCUCGAGGGGUAUGAAGGCCAUUCUCAUGGGCCACGUGCCGCCCGCCAAGACGGAUAGCAAGGAACUGUGGGACGAGAGCUGCUGGCAAAAGUAUAGCCUCUGGAUGCGGCAGUUUCGGGACGUCGUGACGGGCACCGUGUACGGGCACAUGAAUAUCGACCACUUUGUGAUACACGAUACCAAGCAGAUCAAUAUCGAUUUUAUCGGCGGCAGAAGGGAGUCGUCGGACGAAGCCGAAUCUCUUGAUUUUGGCGGGGACGAGUGGGACGACGAGGAGGACGACGAAGAGUACGGAGACGAAGACGAAGACGAAGACGAAGAGGUCGAGGGGCUAGCGCAAGGUGUCGGGCCCCAUGACGAGCUUAGAAGGAGAGGCUCUGCGUCGGCCCAGGGCAACAAAGCCAAGUAUCUUAUCGAGCUAAGGGGACUUUGGUCGAGACUUCCACCCGUCAAGCGCUAUCACGUUUCGCUCGUGAGUCCCAGCGUCGUUCCCAAUUUCUUCCCCACCCUCCGCGUGGUUGAGUACAACAUCACCGGGCUCGAGGACCUACCUCUCUGGAGCGCCCCCGAGACGUCGGCGGGGCCCUCUGCCAAGCAGUACAGCGACGACGACUUGGGUCUCCUGGGCCUGGACGAGGAAAUCCAGGCCGCCAAGGCGAUCCAAGCGGCCAAGGCCCCUAUCAAGAAGGGCAGGGGCAAGGGCAAAGGUAGAAAGGGUGGGAAGAAGAAAGGGAAGAAGAAGAAGGGCAAAGAUAAGACGCCCAAAGACCCUAGUCUUGUCGUUCCGGAACCGCCGACAAAGGCCGUGCUACCUGGCCCGGCGUAUUCGAUGCAGCCCCUCACUUUUACAGGCUACACGCAGUACUUUGCGAACCUGACGCACAUCAACCACAUCCCACCGGACUGGGAUCCCAAGGACAAGAGCGCGUCAAAGCCCAAGACGCGGGAAUUCAAGUUUGAGGUGGAAUACUCGACCUUUAACGACAAGGUCCUGAAGUUGCCGGACCUCACGGUACGCAACUAUGUCCGGCUGGCUUCGCGCAUGGGGUUAGCUGCCGCAGAUCACCCUCUCCCUCCGAGCACCAAGGACGACGACGACGACGACGCCCAUCUUGACGCUGAGGAGGACAUCGACAACGACGAGGAUGAUGACAUUGAUGAGAUUGGAGACGAUGAAAGCGACGACAGCGAUGGCGACGAUGAAGAUGAUGAGGAUCAUGGGGACGACGAGGACAAGAAGCGUCGCAAGCGGGCAUCGGACCGGGCGUGGAACCGUUUCGUCAAGCAUGCCUUUGUGAGCACGGGAUUCGAGGAGGACGUGGAUAGCCUCGUGGCCGACGAUGAAUGA